AAAAGCUCCUCACCAUUCUCCCGUCUGCCGUGCAGCACGCAGUCCCCACUCGGCACCGCAGUCCUCCCCUUCCAUCCACACAUUUCUUUAAUAACACUCCUGCACAUCUCGCUAUGUCGGCCGCCAGCACCGAAACCAGUGCCCCUUUGCCCACCGCCGGCAGCCGCGUUUUCUUCCAAGGUGCGCCCGGAGUGGGCUGCGUGGGGUCCGGACCCAUCAAUGGGGAAGACACGGUCCAGAAGAAGCAGGGCAAAGUGACCGUGAAGUACGACAGGAAAGAGCUGCGGAAAAGACUUGUCCUGGAGGAGUGGAUCAUCGAGCAGCUCAGCGUGUUGUAUGACUGUGAGGAGGAGGAGAUGCCCGAGGUAGAGAUAGAUAUCGAUGACCUGCUGGAGGUCAACAGUGAUGAUGAGAGAGCCAGCAAACUGCAGGAAUCAUUAAUAGACUGCUACAAACCAACAGAGAACUUUGUCCGUGAGCUCCUCGCAAGGAUAAGGGGAAUGAGAAAACUUAGCGCUCCAACCAAGAAGGGCCUAUAAUGGCUCAAACAUCAACCAUCGAUCAGCCAUAAACUCCGUCAUCUCCUACUUAGCCCGCCAUACAUGGACUGUCAUUAAACAGAAUAAUUUAUCAAAACAUCAGUAACUGAUCUGCAAACAUCUGCUGUAUAAUCCAUGAAUAUAGCACUAGUCAUUCUUUUCACGAUCACAAUAACAAGGUGUAUUAUAAUAUUUGACUGUUGAAAGGUACAUAAGUAAAGCAGAGCCAAAAUGUUUAAAUAGUUACAAUAUCUGGAAUGUGCCAGAACUGCAACUGUGCUUUAAUACAAACACCACCUAACUUCAUGUGUCAGAGCCAUGUUAAAGCUUUUUAAACCACUCCUACAAACCAAACAGCCAUACAGAAUAAAACGCCAACAAAAAACUUUAAAAGAGGUGGUAAAAAUAGUUGCAGUAGGUGUGAAAUUAGCUGUAGCACUAUUUAAACACAGUGCUUCUUGAUCUUUUUUUUUUUUUCUUGUCCUAUUUUUACGGAGGUUUUUUUGCUGUUGCGUCUUUCUUUUUUUUUCUAAAGUACUGUACGUUGCCAUUUCUUGUUCACGUGAUUGAAAUGUGGUCUUCGAGAGUUUUAGUUCUUGUCAUCCUCUUUAUCCCUACUCCAUUAUUGCUUGCAAAUGUAAGGGAGCUCUGUGGUCUUGUGUCAAGUUCAUUUAAAAGCACAACGCAUUAAUACAUGAAUCCCAUCGUCUUUUGUGAUGUGUAAACUCUGAAAAGAGUGGGAAAGUUUUAUCAAACAGUGCUAAAAUCAUAUCAAGAUUUUCUUUUUUCCUUUUUUUGUUACCCAGUCUCCUAGUAUACUUUUCGCCACAGCAAGGCAUGAUGGGUGUUGCAGCUCUCUGUAUGAGACUACAAAAACCUGUAUGAUUGGCAGCCUUUCGCUCGUCAUUGUACAUGUUCAUGAUCUUCCUUAUUGGAAUACAUAUCAGUUGGUAGUUUAGAUUCCAGCUCAGCACCCAAACACUGUAGUAGUUUUUACACCCGGUUCACUUAAUUCUGCUAACUUGUCUCUGUAAUAGCGGUUGAUGUUGCCUUUAAGGACAUUCAGGAUCAGUCCACUUUUUACUCAGCACUGAACUUAAACUACUGACGACUUGAAAGCGUAAGAACAGUGGCAUAAGAACCCCGGAGGACUUGACACUUUAACUUGCCGACAGAAGGUGUGCCAAAACUGGGAUCCUAAAAUGUCAAACAUCAUGGAGGCAUUAGUCUGCCGCAGCUCCUACUACAGAGAUAUCUUUGGGUGGGCUCAGAAGUUUUAGUAAUUCUUUUCAUGUUGCAGGAAAACUGUGUUACAACUGAAUAUAAGCAGGUUUAAGAGGUGAAUUUGUUUUGUUGCUAGUAAAUUUCCCUUCAGCAACACACUGAAAAAUCUCUGGUACAAUCACGAAUCCCUUACAGGGUUGUGCCCAGUUUCAUUUUUGGAAUAAUUAAUCGUAAAAAAAAGGAAAGUGCAGACUAAAACCUGCAGUUUGAUAUAAAGUAUAAACCCACAGCUGCCAAAGACAAAAGCAGGGCAAUGUUUUAUUUUAACAUAACACUUGCAAAGCACCCUCUUGCAUGCUAACAACAGAGACAAGGUAUUGAUGAAGAGUAUAUUAUAGACCUAUAAUCAAGCAAAAAUAAAAAAAAAAACAACCUUUUUUGACAUAGCUACCAUGUAUGACUUUGUAGAACCUUUUGUGUUGAGACAACGUGACGUCACGUUGGAGAUAAUCCAGGAAAUUUUAAAAAAUGGUGCUGUUUUUGAUGUUCUUCCCAGACUUUGGUUAUAUAAAAGGCGUUUUCACUGUUGACUGGUGACUGAGAAAUGUGUCUGCAAGACGUCUGUCUGUCUUGACUGAUGGAGUGGAUGCUCCAGAGUUGCAUCUUCUAUUUCUCUGUCUGAACUGGGUUGGAUACGUGUCAUCACUCUAAGCUAGCAAUGGUGAGUUUUUCUGGCUCGGUAAAUUUGGAGGAAAACCAUGAAGAUGGAGCCAUUACGGGCUACUGAGAUUCAUAUCAAGGUACUCUCUAGGAUUUUCUGUCAAGAAAUACUUCAGGGGCAAGUGGCAGAUAUUUUAUUAUUUAUGGGAUUUCAUGUGGAGAGUAUUUUGAAAGUGUCCAUAUAUAGAAAGCUCUAUGUUUGCAUGUGUUUUUAAAGUAGCAUGUUGAGGGGAACAUUUUCUUGGCCUAAAGGUUUUUAUUUCACAAAGUAAAACACUUUCCUUUUUUAUACCUUUAUUAUUAUUAUUAUUAUUAUUAUUAUUAUUAUUAUUAUUAUUAUGAAGAAACAAAAAUGUUAUUCAGUUGCAGUUUUGUUCUGUACAUCCACAAUAAGCUUUCUUCUUUUUAAAAUGUAAUGUGGUGUGGUUUGUUUUUGCCGAUAAUAAAAAUGCAGAAUGACUCUGUACUGUUUAAGAACAUG